CUCCGCCAUAUUGACUGUUGUGUCUUACCCCGAGAAGCCAGGCAAGGCUGGUAGAACUGAAAGUGUGUGUUUUUUCCCAAGGAUAAACUGGUACAAACUAGGCUGAAGGGUUUCAGAGAGACUUGGAGUAUGGCCAGGAAAAAAAACAAGCAAGUGGGAGCCGUCAACAAGGAGCCGCUAGCAGGGCAAGAGAGCCUCGCUAAGUCUAGCACCCUUUCUCCCGGCGAUGCAGCUGGCAGUGGCGGAGAUGUAGGAGUGGACCGGCAGCCCAAGACGAAUCAGCCGCUGCCUGUCGGCGCUGCCUCUGCCCAGUCCAUGCACACCUGCUGCCUGCUGUGCCACCGCGAGCGCAAGGAAUGGGGCACGAGCCCUGCUAACGGGCUGCCUGGCUCUGGAAUAGUGCCGUCGCUCUCGCAGGCCCUGAUGGGAGAGGAGCAGGCAGGCAGGAAGGUGCCGGAUGCCAUGCCGUCACUGUCUCAAAGCCUGCUGGGAGAGGUGCCCCUGUGGAUCUGUCAGAGCUGCCGGAAGAGUGUGGAGGAUGAGGAGAGAAGGGCAGCGCAGGAGCAGGCUCUCACAGUGUCCCAUUCGCACUCCUCCUGUAAGACACAGAGCUGUGGGAACGGAUAUCCGGAUCACGGCAGCUCUGUGGACUGGGACCCCAGCUCCUUCCUGUCUGCCCACAAGCUCUCGGGGCUGUGGAACUCUGCACACACGAAUGGGGGAGCGCACUGUAACCACACGGCUGCCUCGCACACACAGCAGGGCGGUACGGCGGGACCAAACUGCCACGAAAAAAGGCCUUCUCAUGAGGCUCCUGGCAAAGCCGCAAAGCCUGCUGGGACCAAGGUUUGUCCUUAUAGUCACCCAGCGUCCCAGAAUUCCAGUGGGGCGGCUCCCGGCUCUCCCCUCUCUACCUCCUCUGAUCUGUGCAAGACCACCCCCAAGCACUUCAAGACCAUGUGCCGGAGACCCACGCCUCCCGGCGAAGCUUUCCACUCAGCAGAGCACCAUCAGCACUCGGACCUAGCAGUGCCGCCCAACAGUCCCACGGGGCUCUCUUCCCAGCAUUCCUCUCUGCUCUCGCCCAAACAGGUGCCCAGCCAGCAUGUACAUGCGGCCUUGCCUGGCUCGGGGUCGGCCACACAUACUCCUUUCUCACCUCUGGUACCAAACCUUCACGUGCCAGUAUCCAAGACCGCGGCUGGGCCGGACAGUCCCGCCUCUUUACACAAGCCGGGGGUGUGCAAGAACGCUCAUGUUCCACAGGCCAACACACCACACACCAAAAUGGCAGCACCCCCUACUGGGUGCAGUCAUCCCUGCAAUGCGCACAGCAAUGGGACCGGCGCAUCUCCCAGCAUGGCACAUUUACCCUCUGGAGGCUGCAGGGACCAGGCAUGCAAAGGGCACAAGCCGGCGAAUGGGACUGCCUGCCACCCACCCUGUGAGCUGGAGGAGGGACUCUGCGAGGACGAAGACAGCAGCUCCGAGAGAAGCUCCUGUGCAUCGUCCUCCACCAAUCAGAAGGACGGGAAGUACUGUGACUGCUGCUACUGCGAGUUCUUCGGACACAACGCGCCCCCUGCCGCCCCAACGAGCCGGAACUACGCAGAGAUCCGAGAGAAGCUGCGCUCGCGACUGACCCGGCGCAAAGAGGAGGUGCCACAGCAGCUGGACUCGGACCCGGCCGAGCCCAGUGCCAUCGACCACAGAGACGUCAACGAGCUGCUGGACUUCAUCAACAGCAACGAGCCCAAACCUGUCAACAGCGCCAAAGCUGCCAAGCGUGCCCGCCACAAACAGAAGAAGAAGGAGAUGGAGAAGGUUCAGCAGUGCAGCAUGGAGCCCCCGAGGCCUGACCGGUGCUCUUCUCCCCCAGGGCAGCAGGCAGUGGGGGCUGUGACGGGGGAGAACGGCCGGCUGCUGGAGUGGCCUCAGCUGGAGCUGGAGCGGGUGAACAGCUUCCUGACGAGCCGGCUGGAGGAGAUCAAGAACACCAUCAAGGACUCGAUCCGCGCCUCCUUCAGCAUGUACGACCUCAACCUGGACGUCAAUGACUUCCCCAAGAAAGCCGCCACCCUGGAGAGCAACCGCCUGCUGUCACACCUCAACGGCACCUCCGAGCUGCAGCAGAUUGACUUGGACCUGUCCCCGCUGACCUUGGGCAGUCUGAAGAACCACCUGGUGAACGGCAGGGAGGAGCUGGGCUCAGCUGACAGCCUCGCAGCCAGCGCCACGCCCAGCCUCUCUAAACUGAUCCGGGCGCGCUCGUCUGAGAGGAAUGGGAGUUCCAACACCGGCACUUCCCCGGUACCACCACCGUGCACCGCCACCAAGGAGGAAUGCCCAGACCCCAAAGAUACAGCAGCUGCAGGAGCUGGCAAUGGCAAGCAGAGGAAAGGCAAGAAGCAGCAGCAGCAGCAGCAGUCCAAGACCCCCAAGCCUGAACCCCAGAAAACAAAUGAGACGCAAGCCAGGGUAUCUGGGUCCGGAAGUAGCUCCAAAGCGACCUCAAAACAAUCAGCCCAAUCUCUGCCCUUGGCAGUGGAGCCCCACAAGGGCCAGGCGGUCCAAGGCAAGAGGCCUGAAGAAAGCAAGGGGAACAGGCAGGGCCAGAAUGGGGCCAUUGACGCAGGCGGCUGCAGGCAGCUAGAGAGGUACAGCGGAGAGCCCCUGGAUAUAAAAAGUGGCCCCAGAGUGGAGCUUGAACCUGAAGCGAGGGCCCACACCGUUGCAUCUACAGGCUCCCAGCAGCCCAAGGGAAAGAGCAAAAAGAACAAGAACAAGACAGACAAGUCCAGCAGUUCCGUCGAUGAUGUGUUUCUCCCCAAAGAUCUGGAUGGGACUGAAAUGGAUGAAAUUGACCGGGAGGUGGAAUACUUUAAGAGGUUUUGCCUGGAUUCUGCCAAACAAACGCGACAGAAAGUGGCGGUGAACUGGUCCAACUUCAGCCUGAAGAAGGUUCCUUCAAAUGCAGCUCAGUGAGGUGGACAGAGAGAGUCCAGGAUUCACACCCUCCACAAUAUCCCAACACGGCAGUCUGAUUGAAGACAGAUCUGCCGCCGCACUUACUGCACAGUGGACAAGAGCCGCUCCAACCCUCCUCCUCCUCCUCCCCCUAUACAAACAUGCAACCCAGCUGCUUCAGCUCCUAAUCACUUGAGUUCCUCCACUACCCCGUAAACCCCAGGUUUUUAUCAAUUCAUAUUGAGACUCGAGCGACGCUUCCUGUCAGUGCAGCCUGCCCUGGGUCAGGACUGGAUUAACUGACCUGCACUAGAUUCCUGCUUCUACUAUUGUAUUGUCCUUCCUAUCUGGGAGUUUGCAGCACAGGGAUGCAGGGUCCUAGUGCACCAGGUGUAUCGGGGCCGUUGUUUUAAAGCAAAAGCAAGGGCACGUUUUUCAGAGAGGCAUGAAAUCCUUUUCAUAGUAUCCACCUGACAUGAAACCGCUCCUCUGCAAGUUGUUUCUUGUUUGCUUUUAUAUCUUUGCAAAUGUUUG